AUGCCCUCUGCUGGGGCAGAGCCUGGACCCGAGCGCUUUACGAACCAUAUUGAGGCGGGGCCGCGAGGGCGACCAGGUCUCCGCCUCUUCGCGCUGCCUGCCGGGAGCCGGAGCCUCUUCCGGUUGCUUCCAGCCACGGAACUCCGACUCCCAUCAGCCCCCGGAAACCGCAGCGGGGACGCGCGGGCCCUGUCGGAACUCGUAGUUCCUUCUUUGGCCGUGCUUCAUAGCUGGUGGGGACGAACGGAGCUGAGAACUACCGAGGCUAAGCCCACACGAGGAGGGUUGAGCCGCCGCCGCCGUUGUCACGAGUGCGGAGUGGGGACUGGAGCUGGUGCCGCAGCGACGGCAAACCCCAGCCCUUCUGCCUCCCACUUCCCGGGGUCAGCGCGGCCUGCUCCUCCCCGACCCGUCGCCCCGCCUCCUUUCCCGCCCUCUCUUCAUCACACACGCGGCCCUCCCGGUCUCGGAUCCGGGCAGUGCCGGCGGCGGCGGUGGCGGCGGCAGCAGCGACUGAGCGCCCGACUGCUGGGACCCGGCGGACAUAGAAGCCCCCGGGUCGGACCCGUGCGGCGGCGCCCGCCGAGGCCCAGCGUGAGCACCUCAGCGCGGCCUUCAGCCGGCAGCUCAACGUCAGCGCCAAACCCUUCGUGCCCAACGUCCACGCCGCCGAGUUCGUGCCGUCUUUCCUGCGCGGCCCGGCCCAGCCGUCACCUCCCCCAGCCGGCGCCGGCGCCAACCACCACGGAGCCGGCAGUGGCGCGGGAGGCCCUUCGGCUGGUGGUCCAGAUGUUUCUUCAUUCUGUCCAGCCUCACCAGUGGAACCAUUCAAGUAAAGAAAGGUAUCCAUCAGGCUUCUGCUCUGCCACAUCCUGCCUCCCCUCCUGCAAAAAGCCUGAGGCUCUGCUUCCUCCAGGAGAGGGCAAUGGCCUCCAGGGCUGCCCCUCCCUCCAUGCAGGCUGAAGCUAGAGAUCUGCUUCAGUCAGUUUGCUUUACAGAACAGGUCUGAGGCUCUUCCUAGCAGGAGCCAAAGUCUACAUAUCCGGGUAAGGGGUCCGGGGUGGGGGCAAGGGACGUAGGCUACUUCUUGCCAAUGUGCUUAUCGCUUGUGUUUUCUGUUGGAAUUCUUGGGUCCCUGAUCCUGCACCAAUGGAAAAGGACCUCAUCAGGGAGGCUAUUACUAGAGACUGCUUCUCUGGGUGCCAUAACCUGUGGAGGGCCAGGCCAACAGAAUGCUGGGUGCUUCAACAGGGCUUCCCAGGCUGGGUUCCUUGGGAGGCAGGAGGCCACCUGGCUUUCUGGUGGCUUGGGAGAAGUUCUGCCAGAAAUGGCUCCUCAGCGGAGCCUGACUGCCAGUGAGGUCACAUCUUUCUUGUGCUUAUUAGCCUGUUUUUUUCCCAGAGGAGAAGGGACCACACCCUGUUAGGCAGGAAAAUAGAUAUGAGUGGGAUGGAAAGAGAAUAAGGCCAGGAAAAAGCCCACUAACAAUGACCCAGAGUGGAUCAGUUAAAGCUCAAAAAGCCUGGAGCAACUUGUCCUGGAAUGUUUGAAUAUUCCCCAGCGAAAGGAGGGUACUUCAGCAUAGCCCAUGGCUUUAUUGUGUUAAUCAUGCAGGCCCAGCUUAUUUUUUUGACUAACCUACAUGCUGUUUUUUUUUCUCCUUUGGCCCUAAUCAAAUAGUUUGCAAUCUGGGCGAUUAAUAAUGGCAAGCAAGCCCAGCAUAAACAACAUAGUCACAGGCAGGAAGGAUUCCAUCUUAAAAAUAAGAUUGUGUUUUAAUACCCAGGAAGUUAAGAAGUAAGAUUCUUAACUUACUCUUUAGCAAACAGACAAUAACUCAGCCCACCCUGAGGGCCUGGGCAGGCAGUCUUGUUUGAUAUACUACCAGACCAAGAAGGCUCGGCUCCCAGGGAGAAAUCACAGCAGGAAGUUGCUUGUGUUAAGUUAGUUCUAAGUAUUAUUCAAAGAUCACCUAACAGGUCUGCAACUCCAGCCCUUAGUCACAUUCCUGAAGAAUCCUUAAAAGGGGGAACCCCCAAGCUCUCAUGGCGCUCCUCUCCCUGAGGUCGCCUGCACUUUCCAAGUGUGUAACCUUUUCACUUUAAACUCUCUCUUUUCAACCUUUCAGGGUGCUGUCUCUCUCUGAGGUCGCAUGCACUUUUUCUGUAAGUAACUUUAAAUAAAACUUUUCCUCUGCUUCA